UGGGUGAAGACCUCUCCGCCAAACCCUCCAGCCAGGACCCUAAGCAGCAGCAGCAGCAGCAGCAGCUGUGUGAUGCAGCGAUGGUGUACAGUGCCGGCACUCACAGCGAGGCUGACCCUGGACAGGUGGGUGUGCCGCCACAGAAUGCAGACUUUGAGGGCAGCCUGCAGUACCCGGCCGUCAACGCCUCAAAUGCCCCCUGGACCUGCUCCCCCAUAGCCUGGCUGAUCACCGUGGCUUCCAGGCGGCGGCAGACUGUGACCACCACAACGACGGUGGUGCCUGCAUGAACAAGUGUGUGGCGCCGCCGAGGAGCGCUGGCUAUGGAGGGAAGGCGGCCGGUGGAGACACUGCUGCCGACACAAAUGGCAACGUGGGGCCUCAGUUUGACCUGGAGGAGGACUUUGACUCAGAGGCGUCCUCCUCGGAGUACUCGGACUCCUACAUGGACUUCUCUGAUGUGACCAACGAGGCAUCCAGCAACGGUGGUGAGCCGGCCAAGCCCUUCCAGUGUGAGGAGUGUGACGCAACCUUCACCACCAAGGGCAACCUGAAGGUGCACCAGCGCAUCCACACCGGAGAACGGCCCUACCAGUGUGAGGAGUGCGGCAAGACCUUCUCCUACUGCGCCUCCUACCAGUCCCACAAGCUGACGCACAGUGGACUCAGGCCCUUCAAGUGUGAGUUCUGCCACCGGGCCUUCUUCAGGAGUGAGCACCUGGAGCGCCACAGGCGGCGCCACACAGGGGAGCGACCCUUCAAGUGUACCGAGUGCAAUGCCACCUUCGCUGCCAGUGAUGGCCUGUCCCGCCACACCAGGACACACACCGGGGAGCGCCCAUACCAUUGCCAGGAUUGUGGCCUCUCCUUUGCCUACAAGUCCACCUUCCUGAGGCACCAGCAGAUACACAUCGAGGGGGAGCACAAAUGUGACACGUGCGGCCUGGCCUUCCAGGACCCACUCAGGCUGGAGAAGCACCGCAAGAAACACACGGACGCCAGCACCGUGCUGGGCGUGGAGGCCGGCAAGCCGCGGCCACAGCGGUGUGUGGAGGACGGCGUGGAGGUGAUGCAAUGCGAGUUCUGCCAGAUGAAGUUCAAGAGGAAGUCUGCUUAUUACUUCCAUCGCCGCAGCCACACUGGGGAGAAGCCGUUUGCCUGCGACGUGUGCGGGGCAUCUUUCGUGAGGGGCUCCUACCUGGAGGAACACAUGCGCACCCACACCGGCGAGCGGCCCUUCAGCUGCGACUCCUGUGAGUCGGCCUUCAAGACCCGCACCGCCCUCAGGUUCCACCUACGCACCCACAGCGGGGAGCGGCCCUUCAAGUGUGACCAGUGCGACUUUGCCUUCACCCAGAAGUCGGCCAUGAAGGCACACAUGCGCAUCCACACCGGCGACAAACCCUUCAAGUGCCAGCAGUGCAAGGCUGCGUUCCGGCACAGCAAUAGCCUCACGGUGCACAGGCGGACCCACACCGGUGAGCGGCCCUUCGUGUGCGACACGUGCGGCUCGGCCUUCACCCAGAAGUCCCACCUCAACCUGCACAAGAGGUCCCACUCCGGCAUCAAGCCCCACAUGUGCGAUGAAUGCAAUGCCUCUUCACCAAGAAAGACUACCUCCUGGCCCACAAAACCAAGCAUGCGGCCGGCAGUGCUGUCAAGAUAGAGGCCGUGGCACAGGCCGCUGGGGACUCCCUGUACAAGUGCUCGGACUGUGACAUGGUGUUCACACACCCCUCCAGUCUGACAGUGCAUGCCAGGAAACACACCGGCGAGAGGCCCUUUGUGUGCACUGAGUGCGGCGCCUCCUUCCUGUACAGUUCAAACCUCACCACCCACCGCAGGAAGCACACCGGAGAGCGCCCCUACAAGUGUGACCAGUGCGAGGCGGCCUUCAUCCUCAAGAGUUACCUCACCAUGCACCUCAGGAAACAUUCAGGGGAGCGGCCCUUCAAGUGCGACGAGUGCCAAGCCUGCUUCACCCAGAAGACCCACCUCUCCACGCACCGCAGGAUACACACCGGGGAGUGUCCCUACAAGUGUGAGGAGUGCGGCGAGGCAUUCAGGGACGGCGCCAACUUCUGGAGACACAAGAAGAAACACUUGAUAGGGGAGGGGGCAGCAACCAUCAGGAGGAGGAGGAGCAAGAAGGGACGGGGCAGAGGCAGGAGCGUUGGCAAGGGCAGCAGCGGCGGCAGGGGGAGGAAUGCGGGCAGCUUCCGAGGCAUCAGGACGGGACCCCCUCGACGAGCAGCUCGUGUUCCUCGCUUGUCUGUUGACUUUGACGAGAUUUACGAGCAGCUUGUGUUGGCGUCGGAGGAGGAGCAACCCUUCAUCAAGGAGGAGCCUGCGGACACCUCCAACAGCAAGGACGAUGAGGGAGAGGAAGAGGACGCCCCCUACAUCCCAAUCAAUCCCAUGGUGGAGAUAAAGUUAGAAGGAGAAGAAGACAACUCACACUAUAACCUCGAGGAUGGAGAUAUGAUAGAGGAGGAGGAAGAGGAGGAGGAGGAUGGAGAAUUGGAGGAGGCCAUCACAAGGGACAAAGAUUGACGAGGUUAAGCUUAAGUUGCAGCUUAGGAACCCUGGAAAUUCUCAGAUGCAAACAUGAAAUACAAGGAGCAGGUCUCACACAGUAGCAUUAAGUGAAGCAGGGGUACCAUUGGGCAUAGUGUUAGUGAAGGCUUUGUACAGUGUAGAGAGUGUGUGUGAGUGGCCAUAGUGCUGGGUAGGGAUGUGUACCAUUGCUCUGUGCUGCUAGUGACUCGUUCAUGGAUCUCAUUUGUGGUGUGGGUGAGCUGUAUUAUUACAUGUGUUACCUGAGAGAAGUAGGGGGUUUUGUAAAGGGAUAUUUUAUUGUGAGGUAAAAAAUGAGGCCGAGGUUAGCGAGGGCAUUGUUUGUACAGCUUAUGUAGUGUUGUUGUGCUGGUGUAGGUGAAGUGCAGUCCUGUAGCGGAGUGUCAGCUGUGGUGUACUUGUUUGUGAUAGUCUAGUAGUGUUAUAUACAAACAUUUAUAUAUACAUAUACAUAUAAAUAUAUAUAUUUUGUUUUACCAAUGUACAUUUCUAAAAUUAUUUAGAUAAUGUAGCCUUUAUAUAUUUCAGAAUUUAUAUUGUGUAGAUUUUUAUACCACAUGAAUCAUAUUUUUUGGUGUUAAUUGCCUUGAAUUGUGAAUUAAUGACAAAGUUACUAGUCAGGAGGUGAUGCAGUGAAGCAGCAGCAGUCAGUGUGUGUUUGGUGGCAUUAACUACUAAGUUCCUUCUCCUGGGUUGGAUCUCAGUCUUGGCCAAAAUUGUUACUCAGUUCUCAUUCAUCAGUCACCAGUUUAGUAAACAUUUUAUAUAAAAGAAUAAAAAUAUGCAGUGCUUUCUUAUGUGUACAAGAAAACAAAUAAAACUAAACAAUUUGGA